AUGAUAUAUGUCGGAGGAAGAGGCUGCGGUGGCGGCGGCAGCGUUGGAAGUUGUGGCGGUAGCGGCGGCAGUGGUAGUGGCGGCGGCAGCGGCGGCGGCGGCGGCAGCGUUGGAAGUGGUGGCAGUAGCGGCGGCAGUGGCGGCGGCGGCGGCGGCGGCGGCGACACCAAUUAUGACUGGAAAAUAUUGAAUGUUAGGCGCAUAGUUCCCAUUACUGUGGCUUAUGGAAUGCCUGCUAUCACAAACCCUGAUCUAAAACACAACCCUAAAAUACGAAUAAAAUACAACCCGGAAUUGAUUAUCCUUGUAUAA